GGAAACAGGUUUCACUUCAUUAGAAAAUGGCUGAAUGAGUAGCGUUUGCCCGGUCAAAGUAUUCUUGCUUGCAGGUUUUCUGAAUUUUAAGACUUUCCAGGCAUCGGAUUUCCAUGAAUUCGUAUACAGACUCUAUAUGGGAAAAUGACAGUGCUGUGGGAGGGUCCUAAUGAGCCUCCACGUAAGCGUGUGUGUCUAUCUACAAGCAGCAACCGGCGUCGUCCCGUUCCCCUCUCCGCUCCUAGCCAGCAGUUGUCGCUGGCCAAUGCAUCUGAGCAGUGUCAACAAUCACCCUUGAAUUCCGGCGUGAUGAUGAACGGCUACGGUCUGUCGGACACGCUGCACGGACACGGUCACGGUCACGGCCUGAAGAGCUGCACGGCGACGUCGCCGGACGACGGUGGUGGUGGGGGGAGUGGAGGUGGCGGCGCAUGCGCAGACAGCAGUCCGAUUGCGACCCUAUGCAACCUGGGCAACACCUGCUUCCUCAAUAGUGUGCUCUACACGCUGCGAUUUGCACCCUCCUUCCUGCACAACCUGCACCAUCUCGCCGAGGAUCUCAAGCACUACAGCGGUCGUCACUCGCAGUUCAAGACAAAGUCUUCUUCACUGGGACGAGGCAUGGGAAGCACAAGUAAAAUGUGGAACAGCAGUAAGGACCUGCCGUCCCUUGGCGACAGUGCAAAUGCCAAGAUCCAGCUGGCCACAGAGAGGCUGCAUGACCUGUACGAGUCGUUGCAUAACACUGAGCUCAAAGAUCACAUGGAAGCAUUCCAGCCUGAGGUCUUCCUCCACGCUUUGAGGGACGUGAACCCGAUCUUCGAGGGCAACCAACAGCACGACGCUCACGAGCUGCUAGUCUGUCUGCUGGACAACAUCCGCGAGACAUGCCGACAGCUGAGCGAGUUGGUGGAGGGCAGUCUGGCCAACGGAGGGGCCAAAGGGGGGGCCGACCUGCCUCCUCUGCCCCUCCUGCCCCCGCCUCCCCCGCCAAAGCCAACCACCCUCAUCUGGUCCUCGUUUCGCAAGUCGGUCAAAAGCAACAAGCAGCGACAGACCAAGCUCAACACCUAUUCCAAGGACAAGAAAACUAACAAUGAAAUGAACAAUCUGCUGAACGGCGGCACAGCGGAGAGUAUAGAUAGCAACGGCGUGGGUGGGGCUGCAGCUGACGGCUCGGGGGCGGAGGACAGGCCUGACGGAGGCGGCAAGUCGGCCUCCACGGCCCCCGGCCACAACUUCAUAGCUGAGGACUUUGAGGGCGUCACCCUUCUACGCACCACCUGUGUCGAGUGCGAAAUGGUCACCGAACGCAAGGAGACCUUCUGUGAUAUUUGUGUGCCCAUCGCCAGCACCAAUACGUCGCUCACCAAUAACAACCAGGGCGCACUAAGCGAACAAAAAAUCAAUGAAUUGUACAGAGAAGCCGUAGUUACAGAAGAAUAUUUACACGAAACAAAUAAAUAUUGGUGUGAAACUUGUUUACGGUAUAACGAGGCAAAAAGGUCUGUGCGAUAUGAAUCACUGCCCAGGCUUCUAACUCUGCAGCUGAAAAGGUUUUCGUCUAGUUUUGGCUCUGUGAGCUCUGUUAUAUCAAAAGUGAUCGACUUCAUGCCGACUCCAUUAAAUCUUUCCUGCUUCUGUGAAGAAUGCUCUCAUCAACCAGAUAAUCAAAGAAAACACAGGUACCAACUGUUUGGUGUGAUAAUGCACCUGGGCGCCACGAUGGCGUCGGGUCACUAUGUGGCGUACGUGAGGGGUGGAAGAGAGUGCGGGGGGGAGUACGAACACUGCACGCGUGGCAAGCGGAAGACGGCCAGCCUCAGUGGUGCCAACAGCAAGCACUCCAGCAACAGCUCUGAGAAGGCAGGCGGUCUCAUGAGGCUCUUGAAGAUCAAAUCGAACAGCGGCAGCGCGGCGACUAACGGCAAUAGCGCGGCGGGAAACCAGCAGUCGUUCUACCAGUCGUGUCGCAGCGCCGACUGUUGCGGCCUGCGUAUGAGGGGUGCCGACGGCAACGACACGACACGACACGACUGCGAUACCUCGUCCUGGCUCGAAUGCGACGACGACUCUGUCCGCUCCGUGUCGCGAGCUCAGAUGGAGGAGAUUCUCACCGGAAACAAGAGCUCUAAGAACUCGGCCCUCACGCCCUAUCUGCUCUUCUAUGUGCGAUCCAACCAGUAAAUCAACAUUGUCUUUAAUCAACCGUCUCUGAUAAAAUUUGUUGAAUAAGAAUUGAUAUUGUGGAAUUUCUCCAUAAUUGGAAAAACACUGUUUUUUUGACACAUCCACAAAUAUUAGAUUUGUACACAGGACUGUAGCUUCGUGUUGAAACCAACACAUCUUCAGCUGUAGUUUGUACACAGGACUGCAGUUCCGUUAUGAAACCAGUUGAUUGAAUCUAGUUAGUUUCAACUCGAAACUAUCAGGUACACAGGACUGCAGUUCCGUUUUGAAACCAGUUGAUUGAAUCUAGUUAGUUUCAACUCGAAACUAUCAGGUACACAGGACUGCAGUUUCGUGUUGAAACCAACUAGAUCCAACCAACUGGUUUCAACACGGAACUGCAUUCCUGUGUACAAAUCUAAUAGACGUGGAUGUGACAUGAAUAAAACUGGGUUUUUCAACCACAUAUUUUUCUGACACAUAUUUGUAACAGUGCAUUCUUAACUGUGAUUUGAUGGGAAAAAUCGUAUGCCUGAUUUCUAGGUCACUUAUUAAAUCUAAUAAACCAUUAUACCUAUAAAUUCUAUAUAGAUUAUAUAGUCUGUUAGUUUCAAUAAGUGUCCUUCAUUUUAUUAAAUCUAAUUGACCAUUAAACCUUUAUAUUUUGUUAUAAUUUGAAAAUCAAUUCAUUUUCAACAGUGGUUUAAAAAUUAUUGACAAAGUUAUUAUAGGUACAAACUAUUAUACCGUUCACUGUGAUUUGAUUUAUUUUUUACAAUCAACUGAUUUUAACGAAAUUUAAGUAAAUUCUCUUUUAAUAGCUCGAUGAAACCAGUAAAUAACAUCUAAAUUAUUUUGUUUGAAACAACGCAGUGUUACUAAUAGUUUACACCGUCUGAUCUUCUACUUCUAAUACAAGCGCUAACAUAUAUAUCUCUUGUAAAUAAUUUUGUAUUGUUCAAAUCAUCUUUGCAUUGCUAGCUAUGAUUUGAUGAAAAUUGUAAUCUGAUAACUUGAAGUAAGUUCUCUUCUACGCUCAAUUGUGAACCACUAAAUUAAUUCAUUCCAUUUUAACAUUUGAAUCUCCCAUUAAUUCAUGCUUGCUAUAUUUUUAUGUGAUUGGAUAAUUCGACAUUUCGAAAAACAUCUUGUAAUGAACUUAUUUUUUAUUCAGUGAAACAAAUUAAUCACACAAUUAUUGUUCAUUGUUCUUAUGUUCAUUUCACCUUUGUUCACUAUCGACAACUAAGUGUGAUUUGAAAAUUUUAUAUCCUCGAACAAUCCAAAAGAAUUGAAAUUUUUCUAGAUCAAUAGUUCAUUACUAGACCCACAUCUUUUUCUUAAUUAAAUUAGUUUCAUUAUUUCUAGUAUUUUAAUUUUAAUUAAUGAUUGCGUUAUCUUCAAAUGCAUCUAAAGAAUUUUGCUUAUCGAUAUACAUCUAGUUAUUUUUAUAUUAAUUUACAUGAUAUGGUUUUAAAUUAAUUGUUUCAGCUAAUUGUGUGAAAACAUUUUUCAAAUAUCUCCAAUAAUGCAAACUAUUACUUUAUCUCCAAAAUCCAGCUGGCUUGGCAAUUGAAAUCAGUUUUUAAUGAUACUUAGUAAAUACUUUCUAUAAAUAUUUUACCGUACAACAUUCCAAUUCAUUGUUAUCUAUUUUUCCGUUCUAUUUUUUAUAGAUGUUCAAGCAAGUGAUAUUCUAACAUGUAAGAUGUCAAUAAUUAACAUGUGAGAUUUUGUUGGUUCAUUCUCAAUUUGUGUUUUAAUGAACUAUUUUUUUAUUAGUUAAUGCUACGUGAGUAAUGUAAAAUGCUCCUAUUUUUAUUUAUUCUAUUGGAACCCGUGAUGAAAUUCUUAUCUUUUGAUUUAUAUAUAUAUAUUUUUUGAAAAAAUAAAACUGGAUUGGAAAAUCAAUCAAUAUUAUUAGUUUAGAUAACGAUUUUUCAAAAAUUCUCAAUGUUGACUUAGUGGAUAGCCGGUUUCACCAAGCACGGUCAAGACAUUUGAGCAUAAACAUUUUAGAAUGGUCAAAUCAGGCAUGGUUUACAACGAGUGCACUGGAACAUGAUUUCUUUGGCGAUAGUUAUUAUAGAUAAUUUCAGUGCACGUUUGUAAAUCGUACUCGGUUUGACCACUCUCAAAUGUCUUCACCGAGCUUGGACAUCAGUGAGUCUUCAGUCCGAGCUGUCUUGAAAUAAAUAUAAUUUAUUAGUUUACAUAUUUGCAACUGAUAUUACCAAUGUUAGUUUUCAUACUCAUUUAUAAGAUCAAAAACAUGAUGGCUUAGCUUGCUAGGUUAUAUCUUGUUAGGUUAUAUCUGUGCUCAUAUUUGCUCAUAUCCUAAAUGCAUUCUGUCGUCCUUUAUGGAAAAAUAUCACAAACGUAACAUUAUUUAAAAUUAAAAAAACUAACCCCCGAACUUCAUUAAUCAUUGGAUGAAUAGAUGCGAAUAAUUGAUAAAAAUAUAAUGGAAUAAGUCACGAAAAUGGGAAAUAUGUAAGCUUACACAUGUUAAGGCUCUUUGUGUAUGCCAAUGGAUCUAAACAGAUAUAAGUAUAAAUUUUGGUCUUAAAGUUUCCCCAUCCAAUAUAAGAGUAAAUCGAAUCAUUUUGAUUAUAACAGAGAAUUUAUCUUACAAUUUUAUAUAUUUUCUCCACCUAGAUUUGCGUCUUUGUUUCAAUUGAAGAUUUUUUAUUUUAUUGUUGAUUUUAUUAUUAUCUUUAAUAAUUAUUCCUAUUAUUGAAUCAGUUCUAUGAUUUUAGGCUUACUAUAUGAUGCUUUGAGUUUGAGAAUAUUGUCAAUAACGAAUCGGUAGCUAUGAUACCUUACCGGCAUUGAAAAAUAAAUAUUUGUUUAUUGGCUUUUAAGAAACAUGCAUCUACAACAUUGUGAACUAAAGCAUUAUAUGUGUUUUUAAUUGUUGAUUAAUAAAAUUAAACGAUUUUAUGGUUGAACAUAAUUAAUCAUAUCUACUGUCUUGAAAAAUGAUGUUCCAUUUCAAUGAAUUGUGAUCAACAAUACUAAUUGAUCAAUUCUUUAGUAUUCUGACCAUAAUGUGCGGUUGAAUGCUGUGUAUUGAGUACAAAAAAUAACAUAUUUACUCAGUAACUUGAAAUGUUAAACUGCUUGAUUAUCGAACACUUUUAAUAAGUCUUAUCGAUGUCGUAAUACUUUGUACAUUAUAAUUAUUAUAGGGUCAUCCGUUGAAGUUAAACACUGCAAGGAAUUUGAUUAUCCAUUUCCUAGAAAGCUUUAUUUUUUAUAUAUAUUUUAUUAUCUGUGAUAACAAAUUUAAUCGUUCGUGAUUGUAACUGAAAGUAGAAAUAAUAAAUUUAUUUAUUCAGUAUUAAGAUUUUGUUUGUAACAAUUCAUGUCAAUGCUUGGUCAUCAAUACUACUUUAUUAAUUCUAAAAAAUCAAUUUCCUAUGAUGAAGGUGAAAUAAUUUUUUGUCUAUAGAGAAUAAUUUUUGUAUAGUCCAAAUAUGUAUUGUUGGUAACAAGUAGCUUAGAUGAAAAGAAUCUUAUAAUUAGAAAUUAUACAACUUAUUUGAAAGAAAUCUGUAUUCUUCUUAUUAAAGGUAAAGAAUAAUAAAUUAUAUAAACAUAUAUUUAUGAUUAUAAAAAUAAAACAUUGAAGCAUCAGGAAAUUGUCAUUUAAUAGUUUUUUUUCAUUGAAUAACUUAGUCUAUUCGUUCGACAUAUUUAUAAUGGGUUCAACAAGUGAGAAUAUCAUUUUUCUUGUGUUUAUAGGUGAGCUAUGAGAUUACAUUUUUCACAAUGAAAAAACUGCACAAAAAUUGCUAAUAAAAUUAAAUCAAAAUUCUUUUACGAUGACAAUUUCCAGUUGUAUUCAAACAUUAAAUUUUCUCGAAAAAUUCGAGGAAGAUAUUUUUGAAAAUUUGUGAGGAUUAAAAAGUUGAAUUAUAGAUAUCCAUAUUUAUAACUUGUAAGCCUUCAUGCUGAUGUUUGAUAUGAAAUCUGUAAAAGUGAAUGUCACUUUGGUGGUCAGCUAAUUAAGAAAACAAAAUUUUGUUUGAAAUAUUGCAGUUAUCAAUUUGAUUCUAAUAUAUUUCUAUGUACGAGUACGAGGUACUAUGCGUGAUUUAACGUAAUUUGAAACUGUACUUUUGAUAGAUACAGUGUAUGUGUGUAAAUGUAAUAAUUGGUAUAAUUAUUCUGGUUUAAACACAAAUUUCAGCUGAAGUAUCUUCCACAGAAAAUUUGUAUUCACAUUAAUUUUACUGCCAUUUUGUACAAUUAUACAACUGAUUGGUUUGGAGCUUAGAUCUUAAUUGCAGAAAAUUGUUUAUAUUUGUUUGGAUGAAUAGUAUUCUUGUGAUGUAACAGUUUUCUUGGUGAUAUUUUCUGUAAGGAUUUCAAAAUUUCAGCUGACUGUUGUAUAAAUAUUGUGUACAUAGUUGGAGAGAUUCGUAGCGUACUGCUGUGUGUUUAUCUGGAUAGGUACGACAUUACAAGUCAAUUUAUUCUACUCCUUAUAAUAUAAUAAUUAUGUAUAACUUCAAGUGAGAUACAGAAGCAAUAGGAGUCCUGUUUCAGAACCUAACAUAAACAAUAAUAAUUUUAAUAUUAACUUCAGGCGAAAACUGAUACUGGUUUUGAAGUAGGAACAGUUGAAGAAACGAACUAAUAAUGGUGUUAAUUAUUACUAUCUACAACGGGAUCGUGAUUCAUUUCUGUUGUUUCCUAUGAGCUGUCAUUUUGAUAAAUGGUCAUUUUUGCUAGAUGCAAGGUUCGUUUCAAGUUUAUAAUUCGAGAUUAAACUCAACUGAUAAUAUUUCUAAUCAGACAUGUAUAUAUUAGUUACAGAGAUCGUGAUAGUGUUAUGGUCAACUAUUGUAUUUUUUAAAUUUGUGCAGCUGUGUAAAAUUUUGAAAAAUUAUGAAGUGAGUGUCAAAAAUGGUAUCUGGAUGUUGAAUAGUUAUUGAAUCGUGUAAAUACUAUUUUGUAGAGAUUAGAUAAUUACUGAAUUCAUGAUACUGUAAUGAAUGAAGCAUCUUCAUCUUCAUUAAAUGAAGAGUUUAAUUUGCGAUGAAACCAAUGUAACAUACAGAUAAAUUAAAAUGUUAUUUUUAUUAUAUGUUAAUAAAGAUUUAUUUGUUCUAAGGUA